AUGAGUCGUAGAAGGGUUCACGAGGAGGAAGAUGGAUAUGGUAAAUGCUCGUUUAUGCUGUGAUUUGCAUUGAUUUAAAAAUGAAAUAUUGGUGAUCUAUUGCAGUGACUUACCGUUUUUUCUCUGUAUAAAUUUUUAGAACGGGCGUAUAAGAAACGUCGAAGGGUGUCGGAGAAUCAGGAGAUCGAGGAUCGACUAGAAUCUCUCAUAUUGCGAGUAGGAGAGAAGUCCACGUCAUCUCUGGAGAGUAAUCUCGAGGGUUUAGCCUCGGUAUUGGAAGCUGACCUCGGUUUAUUUCGCAGCAAAAUACUUAGGAUCCUGACGGAAUGUGCAAUUAGAAUGCCAGAGAAAUGUACGAUCUACACCACGCUUGUUGGACUGUUGAACGCGAAGAACUUUAAUUUUGGCGGUGAAUUUGUUGACUACAUGGUGAAGAAUUUUAAAGAUGCGUUGAAGUCCUGUAAAUGGGAUGUAGCUAGAUACUCCUUGAGAUUUCUCGCUGACUUAGUAAACUGUCACGUUUUGUCUUGUGGAUCUUUGAUGCAACUGUUUGACAAUAUGUUGGACGCUGCCAAUGAAGACGGAGUGCCUCAAGUAAGACGAGACUGGUACGUAAGAGAAUUGUUUCUCGUGUAUGUGUACGCUGUGUUAUCAACGUUACCGUGGGUAGGGAGAGAAUUAUAUGAAAAGAAAGAACAAGAAUUAGAUCAUUUAAUGGUGACAAUAGAGAUAUUUUUGAACAAAAGGAGCAAAAAACAUCAAGCAGCAUUGAGAGUAUGGUCGAGCGAUACACCUCAUCCUCAGGAAGAGUAUUUAGAUUGUUUGUGGGCUCAAGUGAGGAAACUCAGACAAGACAACUGGGCGGAGAAGCAUAUUCCUAGACCAUAUCUUGCAUUUGAUUCAAUAUUGUGCGAAGCGUUGCAACAUAAUUUACCUACCAUAAUGCCACCACCUCAUCACGAAUCUUAUUCCUAUCCAUUACCUACGGUAGUUUUUCGUAUGUUCGAUUACACAGAUUGUCCAGCCGAAGGGCCGUUAUUACCUGGAAGCCAUGCCAUAGAACGUUUUCUCAUAGAGGAACAUUUAAGACAAAUUAUCAAUAAUUACUUCUUCGAAAGAAAAGAUUGGUAUGUAUUUUCUUCUUCUAUUUAUUAUCCCCCCCAGCUAUUAAACUUUCCGUACAAAGCAAAAAUACCGUUAGACUAUUGUAUUGUUGAAGUAAUAUUUGGUGAACUAUUUAGACUACCUGCGCCAAAACACUUAGAGAUAUGUUAUGGAUCAAUUUUGAUUGAGCUUUGUAAAUUGCAGCCUUCGACAAUGCCACAGGUUUUGGCUCAAGCAACAGAAAUUUUGUUUCGUCGCAUAGACAGUAUGGCCGCCACCGCUUUUGACCGUUUUGUAUGGUGGUUCGCGUAUCAUUUGAGCAAUUUUCAGUUUCGUUGGUCCUGGGAGGACUGGGAUUCUUGUUUACAACGCGAUCCAGAACAUCCCAGGCCAAAGUUUAUUCGAGAAGUACUUUUAAAAGCUUUACGAUUAUCAUAUUACCAAAGAAUACGAGAUAUGAUGCCAGAAUCGUAUGCUGACUUAAUUCCAGCGCCUCCAGAACCUAUUUAUAAGUAUACUUCCGAGGGCGCCAGUUCUUUACCGGGUACGGCAGCAGCUCAUGAAUUGGUUGUCUCGAUAAGACGUAAAUGUACACCGGAAGAGGUCCUCAACGUAUUAAAUACAUUACCGGGCCCUAGAGAAAAUGAAGAAACGAACAAUUUCAAUCCCCUGAAAAUUGACGUUUUUGUACAGACAUUGUUGAAUUUAGGUUCAAAAAGUUUUAGUCACAGUUUCGCGGCGAUAGGAAAAUUUCAUUAUGUUUUCCAAAUUCUUGCCGAAACUGAAGAAGCUCAAAUAUGCAUUUUGAGGAACAUGUACGCAUUAUGGAAGAAUCAUUACCAAAUGAUGGUUGUUUUGACUGAUAAAUUCUUGAAAACUGGAAUUAUCGAAUGUAGUGCCAUCGCAAAUUGGAUAUUUUCCAAAGAGAUGGUGUCUGAGUUCACUAAGUUAUAUAUCUGGGAAAUUCUUCACUUAACAAUCCGGAAGAAAAAUAAACAUGUGAUAAAGUUAAGCACGGAAUUAGCGGAUGCUCGUGAGAAGUUGAGAAGGGCUGAGAGUAGAUCAGGUUCAUCGUCGGAAGACGAGGACAAUAACAAAGAUAAAAAUAGAGAAAAACCAUCGGAGGACGUUGUAGAAAGAAUGGAAGAAAAGCUGGAAACAGCCCAAGCAGAUCAGAAAAAUUUGUUUCUUAUUAUUUUUCAGCGUUUUAUAAUGAUUCUAUCGGAGCAUUUAGGUCGCUGCGAUACUGACGGUAUAGAUUAUAAUACUCACUGGUACAAAUGGACUAUAGGUAGACUACAACAAGUGUUUCUGACUCAUCACGAACAAGUUCAAAAGUAUUCGUCGACAUUAGAAACUUUACUCUUUACACCAGACUUGGAUCCUCAUAUUUUAGAUGUUUUUCAUCAGUUUGUUUCUCUACGAGCAUGA